UAUAUUCUGGUCCCGGCCAGCUAACCAUCCUCGGAGAAUGAAAAGAUAAAGCAAAAACGACAAUGGCCGGAGCUACUCCAAUGGCAGCCACUACCCCGGUCAAAGUUUACGGCCCUCCUUUGUCUACUGCUGUCUCCAGAGUUCUUGCUUGUCUCCUUGAGAAAGAUGCCCCCUUUCAACUCAUUCCUGUUAACAUGGCCAAAGGCGAGCACAAGAGUCCGGACUACCUCAAAAUCCAGCCCUUUGGCCAAGUGCCAGCUUUUCAAGAUGAAAGCAUCAAUCUUUUUGAAUCUAGAGCCAUAUGUAGAUACGUAUGUGAUAAGUAUGCAAGCCAAGGAUACAAGGGCCUUUAUGGAACGAACCCUCUAGUCAAAGCAUCAAUCGAUCAAUGGAUCGAGGCUGAAGGACAAAGCUUUAGUCCACCAAGCUCACUUCUGGUGUUUCAGUUGGUCUUUGCACCCCGAAUGAAGAUCAAGCAAGACGAGAACGUCAUCAACCUGAAUGUGGAGAAACUGUCCAAAGUGCUUGAUGUCUACGAGAAGAGGCUUGGAGAAAGUAGGUUCCUGGCUGGGGAUGAGUUCACAUUAGCUGAUCUUUCUCACCUGCCCAACGCGCAAUACUUGGUUAAUGGGACCGAUAAAGGAGAGCUUUUUAAUGCGAGGAAGAAUGUGGCAAGGUGGUGGGAUGAGAUUUCCACCAGGGAUUCUUGGAAGAAAGUUGUUGAGAUGCAGAACUCACCCCCUGCGUAGAGUUCGUGAUGGUUUCACUCCAUAAUCCAUAAUUGCUAUCUUUUUGUGUUGUUCCUUUGCUUGAUUUAAGCUCUGCUUUUGGUUACUUAGAAUUUCGCACUUAUAUGUAAACCCUGGUUAUAUAUGACUUGUGUUUAUUGAAUUUUGUUUGCUGACUAGCUA